UACCGCUUUGAUGAAUUUAAUAGCUCUACAAAUGCGUGAUACGCAGAGAACCUUGAACAAUAUUCCAUCAAGUUUGGAAACUUUGACAAAUUUACAAGAACUUGAUUUAUCGCAAAACGAUUUACCUCGAGUACCGGACGCGCUUUAUUCUUUGGUGAAUUUACGUCGUUUAAAUUUAAGCGACAAUCAAAUAACUGAAUUAUCAACGGCAAUCGAACUUUGGACAAAAUUGGAAACGUUCAAUAUAUGUCGUAACAAAUUGACAGUGAUACCUGCUUCUCUUUGCAAAAUUGUUACUCUUAGAAGAUUGUAUUUGAACGACAAUCAAUUAGAUUUUGAAGGUAUUCCUUCGGGUAUUGGUAAAUUGUCGUCGUUGCAAGUAUUUUCAGCGGCUAAUAAUCGUUUGGAAAUGAUACCCGAAGGUUUGUGCAGAUGUGGAUCGUUAAAGAAAUUAAUAUUAUCCUCUAAUCGGUUGAUCACCGUACCGGAUGCUAUUCAUCUUCUUACCGAUUUGGAACAACUUGAUUUAAGAGAUAAUCCGAAUUUGGUAAUGCCACCGAAACCAAUGGAAGUUCAAAAAGGUUCCGGCAUCGAAUUUUAUAAUAUUGAUUUUUCUCUGCAACAUCAAUUACGACUUGCUGGCGCCAAUGUACCUACACCGAUUCAAACUUCUGGCAGUAAGGAUCCGAUAGCGCGCAAAAUGAGGCUUAGAAGAAGACGAGAUCAAGAAGAAGCUGAUCAAGAUCAAGCUAAGAUACUGAAGGGUAUGAAGGAUAUUGCGAAAGAUAAAAACAAAGAUAAAGAAUACGAAGACUCCAAAGUGGAAUCAUUAAA